AUGGCCCCACAUUUGGGACAAGACGAGUUCUUCAAAUCCCUCGGCGAACUGCUCUCCAAAACCUCUCAACAAGUUCAAGGCUCGGUAUAUCUCACUCAAAAACCUCUCAUCGAUGUGCCCGGUGCCACUAGCACAAAUUCCCAACCAUCUAUCCUCAUCCGCGCCACUGACGGAAACACCAAUACGCCGAACCUAAAGAAAGAAGGCAAGGACAAGGCGGCCAAAAAGUCUCAGAAGGUCAAGCUCUCUACAAUUGUCAAACCGGAUGAAAUUGAGGCAUUCUACGUUCGCUAUGCCGAGGUCUGCAAGGCAGGCAUGACUGGGUUGAAGAAGCGAGAUCGCCGAGGCCGCAAGGCUAAGACCAAGGGCGGAGCUGCUAAGGUCACAAAAGCAUAG